GCGCGCACUUCACAUAGCGAGAAUCGCCUCAAUGCUUGUGGUAGCCGUCCUCACCUUUGUGUGCAUCAGGGUGCAGCCCAAUCCUGCCAUUAAAGGCAGAAAAAAUUUCCAGUGGGAGCUUUGGAAUCCAGAGUGAGAUCACCAGCUACAAACUGGAUCAGAGUGCAAGUGCAGAUUACAAAAACGCUUUGACGUUUAGAGUUCUGUUAUGUGUAUAACUUCAGUAGUCAGGCUCGGAAAAAUCUGAAGUAAGAGAGAUUGUCAUGGUGAUUAACUCUCUUCGCUCAACGUUGUGUUAGAAGACAGUUCGUCGUGCUUUCGGUUCCUGUCUUGUGAUUCUUGGCAGUCGUCCGUGAGACUGUCAUUCCGAAGCUCUCUAGAGCAGGGAGCAAACUGAGCCUCGUAAUUGAGCAGCUCAGAAAUCACGUCUCUCAGUCUGUUGGGCCGCAAGGACGAUGUUACCUGGUGUGGAGGUGGCGAGAAGGCGCCGAGUUCGAGCUGGACAAGGGCGAGAUGGUGCUUACGAGGGAGGAGUGCGCCGCUCCGAGACGCACAGAUCGCGUUUGGCUGUGGCUGGAGCUCACCAUCAUUAUCACCCGCAUCACCUUAGACUCGCCAAUUCCCAGUAUCAUCUCCGACCUCAAGACACUUCGGCAGACAGUUCAUCUGGAUCGAUCGUCGUGAGCUCAAACAGUUCAAAUAUCGCAGACAGCAUUACCGACAUCCAUCGAUCGAGAGAGGAGCAUCGGUCAGGAGCAAGAUCAACAUCAUUCCGGCGGAGACACCAUCCCACUGGCCCUGGCGACCUUGCGAUGGAGGCAAGAAAUCGACUGGACGAGCGCCUGCAGCCAGUUGCUCCGCCAACGCAAAGCAUCGGCCUCAGCAGCAGCAGCAGCAGCGGGCGUAAUUUGGCUGCAAGAGGCCAUCAGCAUCAGCACCAGCCCCAAUCCUCGCACACCGCACGUUUGAUACACUUGGAAGGCAAUUUUUGGCGUGACGAGAGUAGCAGAAAUUCCAGACUGAUCGAUUGGCUGGCAACAUGUGCUUUGUCAGUAAAGCAGUGUUUGAACCUACUGGACUUCCGCAGUACAAAUCGCUCAUCUACAACGACUUCGUCACAAAGGCAAAGGCAAAGGCAAAGGCAAGGGCAAGGACAAGUGCAAGAGCAAGUUGCAGGCCUGACCACGACUGUGAUCAACGCCUUGCCUAGGGAAGCAGUAGUAUGUGGCAAGGUCGGCGAUGAGUGCCCAGUGUGCUUGGAGGGGCUGCUGGCUGGAGAAACGACCAUAGUCCUCUUAUGCAGCCACGCAUUCCACCCUCAGUGCUUGACUCCUUGGCUUUCAAAGCAUGGCCAGUGUCCAUGCUGCAGAGCUCAUGUAACUAGAAUCAAAAACACGCCCGAACAGAAAACCAGAACGCUUCCGGUUGUGCAGACUCUGCUCACCUGUGUGGAAACCACUGAAAGAGACGCAGAGAAAAUGACUCACUGCUAGAGAGACUGCAUCCCUCGUCAGAAUCAGAGUGAAGGCUGCAGUGGAGGGUGCUCGACCAUAGUCUUGUUACCGAGAGUUGGAAUUUCGUUUUUGCUUUGGUGGCUUGGCUUAUGUGAGAUAUGUUCGAUCAUGUCAACUUCUAUCUAUCUUCCUACGAUGGAUGGUCCUUCUAUCUAUCGCCUACGACUCGGUUAAAUGUCAUUCAGCUUUCCAGUCAUCUUGAUGAGUCCCAGUCGCAGGCUGGAGCAUCGGACAGAUAGCCCCUAGUUACAAAUUGGGUUCGGCACUUGACUAUAUCUUUGUACUGUACAGAUAUGGAAGUAUACUCGUAUAUUCGCGUGAGGCUUUUCUUCUGCUUC